CUCCCUCUCCCUCUCCCUCUCUCUCUCUCUCUCUCUCUUCGCUUUUGUUGCUCCUUCUCCCGUCUACGAUGGCGGUCUGAUUGUCGUUUGAGACGAUCGUUUGCUCAAUUCGUUGUUAAUUAUCCCGGGUCGUCUCUUCUUUUUUAUUGCUGCGCCCUUGGCGAUUUCUUCCACACGCACACCAAGCCUUCGCCUCUGUUCGCUCGGGCUUGAUUUGACUCGCCUCGGGUUCAAGAUGCACGUUACGUGUUUGUGUAAAUUCCUCUUUUAGCUUCGUGCUGAACUCGUUUGGAGUACGAAUACCCAUUAUCGUGUGGAUGGGGAUGUCAAGUAUUUUUCUUUUGGGUCAUCCGUUCGAGCUUCAACCGGUUAAUCGAUCUGUUUAUAGUUUAUAUCUGGCUGCUUAGAGGCAUAGUCUCCAAGUGUACUGAGGAUGGGAGGGUUUCCUUUGGAAAAUGGCUCCUCAGCCUUGGCUUUGCCAGGUUCACAGCAAAACCAAGUUUCUGCUGUAAAAGCAACUGCACCCGAGUCAAAGCCAAAAAAGAAGAUCUGUUGUGCUUGCCCUGAAACAAAGAAGCUGAGAGAUGAGUGCAUCGUACAGCAUGGUGAAGAUGCUUGCAAAAAAUGGAUUGAGGCUCAUCUCACAUGCCUCCGUGCAGAGGGAUUUAAAGUUUGAGUUCAACUGAGAUGGGAUUUGAACUGACAACAAGUGGAGAUCCAUUUAGCUGAUAGAGACUGCAUACUAGGAUGAUUUUACGGAGAUCGGAUUUGAAAAAUAAGUGCAUAAACAGCAUUUUGAUGGAGUUUUAAAUCGAUACAUUAACACAACCCACGGCUUUUUCAUUUUGUUCUCAAAUGAUGAAUGUGUAGCCGGUUAUGGCAAUUAUACCUUUCUUUGUGACAGAUACUCUGAGUUGAUUUUCUUUAGUGGAGUGAUUUCACUCGCCGCCCAUCCACAGUUGGGUUGGUCAUUUGAUCUAUUACAGUUUGUGUUUAUAAGCAGAGAUGUCUCUGAUUCUUGGGAAUAAACUUCCAUUAAAUGUUUGGUUA